UUGUGAAAGGGGAUAUUCACGUAGACCUACUGGAAGAUUCCUUGGAGUUUGUGUUCCUGAGACUGUGCCAUGUAACUGUCACGGUCAUUCCAGUCUCUGUGACUCUGUGACUGGAGAGUGUCUUAAUUGUGAACACAACACUGGGGGCAGGCAGUGUGAAAGAUGUAAUCGGGGUUUCUAUGGAGAUGCUAGAAUUGGAACAGCAAAUGAUUGUCAACCAUGUCCAUGUCCUCUUAUAACCCCACCAAAUCAUCUUGCUAAUGUGUGGAUGGCAGGCUUUGCUCAGGAAUGGUUCUCUCCAACAUGUUUCUUGGAAUCAGAUGGAAAAAUUACUUGUAAUGCAUGUCCAAUUGGGUAUGAAGGCCGCCAGUGUGAGAAAUGUGCUCCUGGUUAUGAAGGAAACCCAAAUAUUCCAGGAGGAUCUUGUAGAGAAAGAGGUGGUGACUGUAACCCAAUAGGAAGUUUAUCCACUGUAAGAAGCCCCUCUACAGGAUUAUGUCAAUGUAAGCGUCACACAACUGGUGCCCGAUGCGACCAGUGUAAGGAUAAUACUUUUUACCUAAACCCUGAAUCCCCGGAUGGCUGUAUAGACUGUUUCUGUAUGGGUAUAACAAAGUCUUGUAGUAGUUGUAACUGGUACCGUGACCAGGAAACUGUGAGCUUCACGAAUACUCCAGAAGAUGUAGAAUUGACCAAAUUGGAAGAAGAUGUGAUCUUCAACAAUUUCUAUGUAGACAGACAAAACAGGGAGCUUGUUUAUCAGACUGAUGAUAAUCUACAAGGACAAACUCUGUACUGGAAAUUGCCAUCCAAAUUUCUAGGUGACAAGGUUACUUCAUAUGGUGGCCACAUAAAUUACACCAUAAAAUAUGAGCCUGGUGGAUUAAAUACCCCCAAUACAGACCCUGAUGUGGCUUUAUUUGGAAAUGAUAUUAUUCUCUUUUACCGCCAUUCUGAAAGAGUGAAAGCAGGGUUACACCAAACAGUAUCAGUGCCAAUGUAUGAAACUUUGUGGGUUCGGCCGGAUGGUCAGCCUGCAAACAGGGAGUAUCUGCUGAUGGCCUUAGCAGACUUAAACAGGAUUUUGAUUAAGGCAACAUAUUCAACUCAAACUACAUCAGUAAGUCUGGUAGAAGUUACAAUGGACAUAGGAGUUGAAAAUCCAACCGGUCAAUCUCAGGCUUUUAGUGUAGAGCAGUGCCAUUGUCCUGUUGGGUAUCGAGGACUUUCUUGUCAAGAUUGUUCUCCAGGAUACACCAGAUCUGGUGCUGGUCUUUAUCUAGGACUGUGUGAACCAUGCUUUUGUAAUGGCCAUUCAAGUGACUGUGAUCCUGAGACUGGAGUGUGUAGGAACUGCCAACACUCCACUGAGGGUGACUUCUGUGAGAGGUGUGCCAGUGGAUACAGAGGAGAUGCUUCAUUAGGGACUCCUAAUGACUGUUUCCCCGAACAAGAAGAAGACUGUCGAUGUGAUGAGAGAGGAAGCAUAAGUCAAGAAUGUGAUUUUCAGAGGAGAUGUGCUUGCAAGGAACAUGUGGAAGGAAAGAACUGUAAUCGUUGUGUUGAAGGAUUUUACAACAUGAAUAAAGAAAACCCAGCUGGCUGUUCAUUAUGCUAUUGUUUUGAAGUCACUGAACAGUGCAGCAGUAGCUCUUAUUACAGGCAACAGAUAAAAAUGGAUUUGCAAAGUUUGAGGGAUCCUUACAGUCACCACUUCCAGAUCACAAACAGAUAUCGCUCUCGAACAAUAUCGGAAGGAAUCAUCGUUAACCCAGCUUAUAAUCAAGUUCGCUUUAUGUCAUUCCCAAGGCAGCCAACACAAGUUGAAACUUUGUAUUGGUCUUUACCGGAACAAUUUCUAGGCAACAAGCUUGCUUCAUAUGGUGGAAAACUUCGCUUUACUCAAGAGUACACAACUGGGGAUUAUGGAGAUCUCUUUGCUGAUGCUGAUGUUCAGAUUGUUGGUAAUGGAGUUACUGUUUUCUAUGUCAACAUUUUAAAUAUCAACCCAGGAGAAUCCAAACACUUUGAGAUUGAGCUUUCAGAGAAAAAUUGGCAACUUGUUGAUGUCAGGGGACCCAUGGAAGCAACACGAGAAGAAUUCAUGACAGCUUUAGCAAAUGUAGAAGCACUUCUGAUUCGAGCUUCAUUCCACUCCAAUAUGCAGGGAAGCUCUAUUAAAGAUGUAGAGAUGGAUACAGCAGUACCUGAGAGUACAGGGCAACAGUUGGCUGUGGAAGUUGAGCAAUGUGUCUGCCCUCCUGGCUACAUUGGUCUUUCUUGUGAGGAAUGUGCACCUGGCUAUAUUAGAGACAACAGUGGUCCUGGAUUAGGAAGAUGCACUCGUUGCAAUUGUAAUGGACACUCAGAAUCAUGUGACCCAACUACAGGUGUAUGCUUGCGAUGUCGACAUAACACUGUUGGAAACAGCUGUGAACAGUGUUCUAGUGGUUAUUAUGGAGAUGCUACCCGAGGAACACCUGAAGAUUGCAAGCCUUGUCCAUGUCCUCUUACUAUAUCCUCAAAUCAGUUUUCUAGAACCUGUUUUCAAGAUAAUGAUGGACAGCCAACUUGUGACAAUUGCCCUACUGGCUACUUAGGAAGAAACUGUCAAAUUUGUGCUCGUGGAUUUAAAGGUGACCCCCAGCAGCCUGGUGGUAGUUGUCAACCAUUAGAACCCCAACCAGGUAUUCAGGUUCAAGUGGAAAGUCCACGAUCUCAAAGUGUUCCUGUAGACUCUACUGUCACCUUCCGCUGUACAAGUACAAGCUAUGGAGAAUACACAUUGACAUGGACCAAGCUUGAUGGAUUGCUACCUGAUAAAGCUACAGAAGCUAGUGGUGUCCUUACUAUUCCUAAUGUUCGUCCUGAGGACAGUGGCACCUACAUAUGUACUGGCUCAGACUCUUAUAGUCAAGCAGAAGACAGGGCAUCUCUGAUUGUAGAGAGAGGAGAAGAAUCUGUUCGGCCAAAGGUGAGGAUUGAACCACGGUACUUACAGGUAACUGCAGGAGAAGAAGUAGAAUUCCACUGCAUUGGUGAAGGGUUUCCAAAACCUGAAUUAACUUGGUCUGGUGGUCGAAAUGACCAGUUAAACCCAGCAUCAACGUUUAGAAAUGGUAUAUUUCGAAUUCCUUCUGCAAGAAAGAGUGAUGAGGCAGAAUAUUAUUGUACAGCUACUAAUGUUGUUGGUACUGAGACAGUACGUACUGUACUUUUUGUUGAAGGAGACACAGUUACUGGUGAGAAGCCACAUCUUACAAUAAGUCCAUCCAGUGUAGAAGCUGCUCCAGGAGAAACGGUUCAGUUUGACUGUCGUGUCACAGGAUAUCCAACAUCUGACAUCCAGUGGACUUUCUCUGGAGGAGAGCUUCCAGCAUCAAGCAGCCAGGUUGGUGGAACCCUAAGACUUACAAGAAUUGAUAGUUCACAGCAGGGAAUCUACAUCUGUACAGCCAGUAACAGCUAUGGAACUGCUCAAGCACAAGUUCGGCUUCAUAUCGCUUCUGGACAUAAACAACCCACAGUUCAGAUUGAACCGGAAAGGCAAACUGUUCCUGAAGGAGAUUUAGCUCAACUUAGAUGUAUAGCUACUGGUGUUCCAGCCCCAAUAGUAACAUGGUCAAGAGUUGGUACUGAACUCUCUCCUAGACAUCGGGUUGAUGGCAACACUCUUACUAUAACUGAAGUAACUGUUUCUGACCGAGGACUCUAUGUAUGCCGUGGAGAAAAUCAGGAUGGAACAGCUCAAGCUUCAGCUAUUGUUGAAGUUGAACGAAGGGAAGUACCUGCAGUUGAACUGUAUCCUGAUACAGUGAGGGUUGUUGUUCCUGGUGCCAGUGCAUUGUUUCAGUGCCGGGUGACAGCUGGGAUACCUUCUCCUACAGUUGAAUGGACUCGACAAGAUGGAAGAUAUUUUUCAAGUAAUACAGAAAUCCUGGAAGGUGGAGUCUUGAGGUUCAAUCGAGUAACCAGUGAAGAGGAAGGCACUUAUGUUUGUACAGUAGAAAAUAUAGCAGGAAAAGUUAAAGCUGAAGCUAAGUUGCAGAUUCAAGGAACUCCAACUGUUAAAAUAUUACAGAAUAACCCUUUCAGAGUACGGCCAGGAGAAACAAUUCGAUUUGAGUGUCAAGCAUUGGGUGACCCUUUACCAUCUGUGACAUGGAGAAAACCUAGAGAAGAUGAACAUCUUUAUCAUGUAGAAACGAGAGAUGGGUUUGCAGUACUUGAGAUCCAGCGUGUGACAACUGCUGACAGUGGUACAUAUAGCUGUUUAGCUUCUAGUCCUUCAGGAGACUCUGAGGAACGAAUUCAAUUACUUGUGGAAAAUCCUGAUACUGGAAUCCCUGAUGUUCAGGUAGAACAGCGUGUAAUUUCAGUUCCUGUUGACAGUGAUGCAGAAUUGCGAUGUUUUGUAAGAGGUACUGAUAGGCAUAUAGAUUUGAAUUGGGUUCGAGCUGAUGGUAGCUCCCUACCUAUUUCUCAUCGGCUGCAAAAUGGUGUAUUAUACAUCAAUAAUGUGCAGGCUCAAGAUGCUGGAGAGUAUUCAUGCUUGGGAAAAGCGGAUGACGGUAGUGUUCUCUUCACAGCAUCUGCAAGGCUUGCUGUGAUUGGAUUUUCAGCUCCUCCUAGAAUUAGUGUGAAUCCAACACAACAAACGGCUCGAGAAGGAGAUGUUGUUGUGGUUCAGUGUACUGCAACAGGAGAUCAACCAAUUACUAUAGAUUGGAAUAAAGUACAAGAACGCCUUCCAUCACAUGUCAAUCAGAGAAAUGGUCGGCGAGUUUCAGAACCGAUUAAUAUCACGCAAAGCAAGGAAGUGACUGCAUUUGUGGGCUCCAACAUCGAAUUCUCUUGCCCAAUCACAGGAUCACCACAGCCACAGACAGACUGGACUAAGGAUGGACAACCUCUUCCAAGAAAUGCAAGAGUGGUAAAGAAUAAGGUCUGGUUGCAGAAUGUUCAAGCAGAAAAUGCUGGUCGAUACAUUUGUACAACUGUAAGCCAUGCAGGACGAACAAGAGAUUAUGUAAUAUUGAAUGUUCAAGCUUCCUGUGAAUAUUUUGAGUUCCAGUGUCAAGAUGGGACAUGCAUAGAUCAACGUAGACGAUGUGAUCGACAUUCAGACUGUCCUGACUAUUCUGAUGAAUAUAACUGUGUUAAUGUCUUUAGUUGUGGACCUGACCAGUUUAGAUGUGGUGAUGGGACAUGUAUUGAAGCUGAGAGACGGUGCAACCACGUGUCCGAUUGUUCUGAUCAGUCUGAUGAAGUUGGCUGUUACAGAACACGAAGAUGGGCCAUUCCCACUUUAGAAGUAAAAAUCAGGCCUAACAGGGAGAUCGUACAUAUGGGAGACUCGUUAGAUCUGGACUGUCAAGUCUCUGGUGACCCGUCUGCUAUUACUCAGUGGUCCAAGUUAGAAGAAGAUGGACCACUACCUGCUAACAUCUAUGUUUAUGGCAGUAUCUUGAGCAUUAAUGGAGUUCGAGCUGAAAAUGGUGGUGUUUAUCGAUGCACAGUGGAAACUAGACUUGGAACUUUUAACGAUGACUAUGUGCUAGCUAUUCGAGUUCCUCCCACUGUUUCCCCAAAUUCAGUGGAGUCCCGUACAGCUCCAAUUGGUUCCACCGUAGUGAUGGACUGUAAUACAAAUUUAGAGCCUCCUGUGGGAUAUACAUGGUCCAAGCAGGGAGGUGUGCUUCCUAGAGAUGCUACAGUAUCAAAUGGACGUAUUACUCUUAACAAUGUGGGAUCGGAGGAUGCAGGAACUUAUGUCUGUACAAGUCGUAACAAUGUUGCAACUGCUGAUAUUCCGGCAAUUUUAGUGGUGACAGGAGUUGUGCCAUACUUUUCACAGUCACCAUCAUCUUACAUGAAAAUGACAACUUUGCCUGAUGCCCAUAUGGAGUUUGAUGUGGAAUUGUCUUUCAAACCAGAGAAUCCAAAUGGUCUGCUUUUAUACAAUGGUCAACAAGAAGGCACUGGAGACUUUAUGACUCUCUUAAUGAAAGAUGGUUAUGUUGAACUUCGAUAUGAACUUGGGUCUGGACCAGCCAUUAUUCGAAGCCACCAACCUUUAGAAAUAGGGAAGUGGCAUACAGUGAGAAUUAUUCGUAACCAGAAGAUUGGUAUAGUGAAUGUAGAUGAUCAACCCGAAGCCACUGGCUCUGCUCCUGGUCGAUUUCUUGGUUUAGACCUGGUAGAACCAUUGUACAUUGGUGGUGUUCCAGAUUUUAGUAAAUUGCCAAAGGAUGCAGUUGAAUCCAUUCCAGGGUUUGUUGGUUGUAUAAGUAAGUUCAGGAUUGCAGACAAAGACCAUGAGCUGAUCCAAGAUGCUGAAUCAUAUGGGAUUGGUAGUUGUGAAACCUGUGGAAGGAAUCCAUGUCUUCAUAGUGGUGUGUGUCAAGAAGCUUUGACUGAAACAGGUUACAAGUGUAUUUGUCCAUCAGGGUUUUCUGGUGAUGAUUGUGAGAAGGUGGCUGAAGCUUGUUAUCCUGGUGUUUGUGGAGAAGGUCGGUGUAUUAAUAAACCAGGUGGUGGAUUUGACUGCUACUGUCCUUUUGGAAGAACUGGAUUUCGUUGUGAAAGAGAGGUAGUUAUUGUUGAGCCAUCUCUCUCUGGAGAUUCUUUCCUGGCAUACCCUGCACCUGAAGCAUUACGUAACCUCAACCUAAAUAUGAGGAUAAAGCCAAGAGAUGUUAAGGAUGGAAUUCUUGUAUACUCAGCACAGAGUGAAAGUGGACAGGGAGAUUUUGCUUCUUUAGCUAUUAAAAAUGGUAGUGUGGAGUUUCGAUUUGACACUGGCUCAGGACCAGCUAUUAUUCGAAGUCCAGAAAAACUGCAGAAGGAUACGUGGGCUACCAUCGUUGCUGAAAGAGAAUUGAGAGAAGGAUCUUUGGUAGUUAAUGAUGGCGAAGCAGUGAAGGGUUUGUCACCUGGUUUUACUAGGGGCCUUAACUUACAACUACCUCUAUAUAUUGGUGGAGUAGAUCUGCAACGGGUUACUGUGUCACCUUUUGCUGAAGUUUCCCAUGGUUUUGAUGGCUGUCUCUCUCAUGUGGAGGUAAAUGGUUUAAAUAUAGACCUUGUGAACUCUGUUGUGGAUUCAGCAAAUGUUGUUGACUGUGGAGGACGGUCACCUUGUUUACCAAAUCCCUGCCUGAAUGAUGGCAUAUGUCAUGAAGAUGGUUCUAGACCAGAUAAUUACAGAUGUGACUGUCAUCAUGGUGUUGUCGGUGAUAACUGUGAAAUUGAAGUGGCUCCGUGCCAUGUGUUGCAACCUUGUAAAAAUGGUGGAACGUGCAUUGGAACCGAUAACUCCUACAGAUGUAACUGCCCAUUGGGUUUUGCUGGAACUGUGUGUGAAAAAGUGGUUACAUUUGAUGACAUCGCUGCAUUUCAAGAUCACAGCUACCUGGUUUUUGACAGACAGCUCCUACCACAUACUUCAAUAUUGACAACUGAAAUCAUUCAGUUCAGUUUCACUACCAGUGAAGACAGUGGUUUAAUAUUUUUUCAUGGACAAAAUCCUAAAACAGAAGGAAAAGGCCGAGACUAUUUAGUUAUUGGCGUAGUUGAUGGGUUCCUUGAACUCAGUUAUGAACUUGGCAGUGGUCCAGCAGAAAUCCGGUCGUUAGAGAAAAUAAACGAUGGAGUAAUGCAUUCAGUGCGAAUAGAAAGAAUGGCGAAAAAUGGAAGCAUACAAAUAGAUGGGGGUCAAAAAUAUUUUGGCAGCUCGCAAGGAGUCUUACAAAUGCUGAAUUCAGAUGGAGACAUUUAUGUUGGUGGUGUUCCAGAUUUCAAACUGAUGACUGCAGAAAGAUACUCUGCUGGGUUAAGAGGAUGUUUGUGGGAUGUACAGAUACAAGAUUCUGGAAUACUCAAUCUCUAUAACAGUGCCAAAUCUGGUGUGAAUGUCCUGCCGUGUGACAAGAGUCAUAACAGCAGUAGUUCCAGGGAUGAACUCCCCAACUUUUUGGAGAAGUGAAACAUCUGACAUUGUUUCCUGGCUAAACCUGCCUUAUCUGUGGCAACAUAGAGUUCUUGCAUUAGGCUAGUCUGGUUUCAGCAAUAACAGUUACUGUACUUUUAUAAUUUAGUUUUCUAGUAAUACUAAUGUUAUCAUGAGACCACUCAUUUUAUACAAUAUAUUGCUUUCAAACCAUUAUACUGUCUGCUGGCUAGGCUGUGUACAGGUACUGAAGUGCCAACCACAAUUUGGUAAUAAUUUUAGUUGUUAAAGUUAGUAUUUCUACCCUUUUCUACAAUACAGAAGAUUUCAUUACAUCUUGAAAUUGUUAACAAUUGUAAAGUAUUAAAUAUAGCAGCAUGGUUAUAUAAAAGUAUUGUUCAGUGUCUUUUUGACACUUAUUCUUGAUGUCAUGAGAAACCAUAUUUUUUUAUCAGUAUCUUGUUCGCUUGUCUAGUCUAAGGCUUUAAUAUUGCAGUAUUAAACAUUUUAACACAAUUCUUUGCUAAUUGUUCUUGUUUUGAUUGGUAUUUUCAAAGUCGUCAUGUUACUAGAACAACUGGAGUUGUCUGUGAAUUUUUUUUUAAAGUCAGUAUUAGUUAUAAUGACCACUUUCACUGCCAUGUUUGUUACAGGUAGGCCAUCCUUUAUGUUACACAUCUUUUAUUGUUUUUUAAGCAAAAUUCAUUUGAAUGCAUUGCAGACUACCAAUGAUAGUCAUGCUUUUUUUUAGUAUGUUUGUCAUAUGUUUUGAUUUAUGGAAUAUAACAGAUCUAAUAAACUUCUCAGGUUUGA